AUGAGGUUACGAUCGAUCAACGUUUACCGUUUGGAGUUCAUUCGUUCAGAAUGCACUCAGACCUCAUUGAAAUACGGCGUUCGUGUUCGGUUUGCUCCAUCCCCAACCGGGAAAAUGCAUCUGGGUGGAUUACGCACUGCACUUUAUAAUUUCCUCUUUUCUCGGUCACAUAAAGGUAAAUUCAUAUUGCGCAUUGAGGACACCGAUCAAAAACGUGCUGUAGCUGGUGUUUCCCAACAGGUCAGUUUCGUUUUCGAUUCACAUUUUAUCGAGAAAACGUUGGAUUAUUAUGGAUUAAAACGAGAUGAGGGUCCUUGUGAAGGUGGCCCGUUUGGUCCUUAUGUGCAGUCAAGUAGACUGAAGUUGUAUCAAGAAGCUGCUGAACGACUCGUGGAUAGCGGUCAUGCUUAUCGAUGUUUUUGCACCAAAGAGAGACUGGAAAUGCUAAGAAGAGAAGCGUUGAAACGACGAGAAACACCGGGCUAUGACAACCAUUGUCGUUCCUUAUCAAAUGAAGAAAUCAAAGCUAGAAUGCAUGAUAAUUUACCUUUUGUUAUAAGAUUCAAACUUAAAUCAGAACCAAUCACUUUUCAUACGUUGUUAAAAUUAGAAUUAAUUUCAAAUUUGAGAGCAUUCGAAUGGAACCAACCGAAAUGGAUACAUCUGCCGUUAAUCACAAGGGAUGGUUCUAAAAAACUGUCGAAACGUGAUCACAUACAAACGAAAUCAUAUCCUGGUUUAGGCUCGGUAAAGAUUCCCGUUCGCGGGGGAAAGUUUUGCUCGAAAUCGAGUGGUGUACCACUGUCAUUGAUUUUACCGAGCCUGAGCCCGGCUACGAUUCGACUUAUAUCUAAUUACCUUGGGUUAAGCACUGUAAUUUAUUUUUAUGAUCAACUAUUGCAGGAUUCGUUUGUUGAAUUCUACCACGAGCAUGAAGGUUACCUACCAUUGGCAGUCAUCAAUUUUCUGUUGCGAAACGGAAGUGGUAUACGUAACUUUAAUGUCAAUCAUUUGUAUACGAUCGAUGAACUCAUUGAAAACUUCGAUGUGAACACCAUUGGAAGACGUAAUUUCAUGAUGGAUCGACAAAGUCUGGAUCAGUACGGACGUUUAGCCUUUGAAAGUGCUGACUUUGAUGGUUUGAUCGAAGAUGAACUCAUAAAAUACGUCAAGAAACAUUUCGGUUGUGACGAAGGAUUGAAUGAAUUGAUUAACGACACGAAAUAUCUCAAAAAAGUCAUCGCUUUCCUACGAUCCAACGAAGAGACCUUCUCACACAUAUCGCAACUCUCAUCAAAUCAGUUCAAAUUUCUGUUCUCCUAUCCGUCUGAUUCAAAGAAAAUUAUCGAUGAAUUCGAUCGAAAUUUAGCGAUUGCGAUCAUAAAUUCAGUUCGCAACUGUGACGAUCGUAACUUGGAUGCACUGAAGCGUUUAGCGAAAGAAAACGAUAUGAAAUAUCCGAAACUGUUGCAUCUUGUAAGACUCGCGUUGAUCAACAAUCCGCACGGUCCACCAAUACUUGAAUUAUUUGAUUUCUUCGGUGAACAACAGUGUAAUGAACGCUUUGAUAGAAUGUUAGGAAUGCUGAAUAAUACUGCCAAAUAA